CACCGCGCUGUGAGGCGAUUGGACGCCGCUCUUAUCCGCGCUACGCAUUAUAAAGGCGACCGCGUCCACGCCGCGCACAGCCGCCAUGUGCUUCCGGUGGAAUCUCUUCCGGACGAAGUCUCUCGAUUUUUUUAUUCUUAAUCGUCUUUAAACAUUAAAAAAGGGGAAAACAUUAACGCGUAUAUGUCGAAAACGACUGCGGUCUUACUUCGGUAAAACGAUAACGAGAAGUGGGGGGGGUGGAUUGUAAAGGCGUAGACGCGAACGGAUAACGCAUCGAACGCAAGACAACAAAAGCCGUCAACGGGUUUUUUUGUGGACAUUUUUAACAAAACUUAACAGCGUGGGAUCCUACAUAAAUAAUACAUUUAACAGAGAGGGCAGGGGGGGGAGGGUAAAAACACAAGACGUCGUCUUCUUCACAGUGGCCACCACCGCCGCCGCCGCUUCGCGAAGAUGUCGCUGGUGGACUUGGGCAAGCGCCUGCUCAUGGCGGCACGGAAUGGGGAGGACGAUGAAGUUCGUUCCCUCAUGACAAAUGGCGCGCCAUUCACUACUGACUGGUUGGGCACAUCGCCAUUGCACCUGGCGGCACAGUAUGGACACUACACAACGGCGGAGGUGCUGCUGCGUGCCGGUGUAAGCCGUGAUGCCCGCACCAAGGUGGACAAGACGCCACUGCACAUGGCCGCCUCGGAGGGCCACGUUAACAUCGUUGAGCUGCUCAUCAAGAAUGGGGCGGAGGUGAAUGCGAAGGACAUGCUGAAGAUGACGGCGCUUCACUGGGCUGCGGAGCAUGGCCAUCGUGCCGUGGUGGAGGCGCUAGUGCGCGGCGCUGCUGACACGCACACACUGAGCAAAUUCGACAAGACAGCACUUGACAUCGCCGCUGACCGAGGGCACGCCAACCUUCUAUCCAUCCUGCAGGAGGCCAUGGCCAACCAGGUGAAUACAAAUCCACUAGAGCGUGCUGGCAGCAUGGGCAUUCCCGUGUCAUCCCCACAAAUCAUCUUCAGCCCCAGCGGGAUGGUGAACAUAGCAGGCCUUGUGUCUGCAUCCAACACCAAAGCAGCCACUGAAAGCGCAUCCCAGAGUGUACAGUUCAGCAGCUCAUCUACAUCGGUGCUGGCUACAUUGGCAGCUCUAGCUGAGGCCUCCGCACCGCUUACGAGUUCUCCCAACACAACUGUGGUGUCAUCGGCACAGGAGACUUGGACGUGGCUGGAAUCCCAGGGCCUGGUGGCCUCGCAGGCUCAGACUGUAGGCACAGACGGGUGCACCUCCACCUUCACAGUCAGUGAAGGUGGGAAGCUCUCGCUUAAUUGGGGCAACAAGCAGCAGGGAGUGGUGGCAGAGGAGGUGGUUACCACCGAAACUGAUGCGGUGGAUGCUGCCAUACAGCAGGUGUCAGGGGUCGGAGGCCAGCGAGUCAUCACCAUCCUAGCGGAUGGCGUUCAGCUGGGCAACCUACAAGCGGCGCUUAGUGGAGGCAGCAUGGGCCAGCCUAUCCUGCUAGCCAUGCACAAUGGGCAGCAAGUAUUGGCUGUCCCUGCGGGACACAUGACAACGGAGACCACCAACGAACCAUGUGAGGAGCCGAGGGAGCCACUGAUGAAGAAAUUGUGCACUGCCCCUGUAAACAACCACAAAGCGGGCAUUUCCAAGAGUGUCAAGAAGGUGGCUGAGAUGGAGCAUGGAGGUUCCAGUGGGGCCAUGCAAACAAGCCUGGACAAAGAGCUGCUGCAGAAACAGCUAGCAGAGGCUAACCGUAAAGCACAGGAGUUCCGUCAACAGCUGUUGGAGAAAGAGCAGGAGGCAGAUGCAUACCGUGCCAAGCUGGAGGCCAUGGCGAAUGUGCAUAAUGGCAAAGGUGUGGAAAGCGUACCCACCGCUAUCAAGGUAGCUACUGAUACUCCUUCCCCAAUCACUGCCCCAAAUUCCAUCCCUACCAGUAGCUGUGAGGGGGUCAUCUUGCAGAAUGUGGUGCAGGUGACGGUGGAGGAUGAGGAACCAGUUUCCCUGGAAGAUAUGGAAACUAAUCCGGUUGAUAAUCUUGAACCAGUCACGGUGGAGAGCAUGGAACCAGUUACUGUAGAGAAGGUGGAACCUGACACGGUAGUUGAUGUGGAAUCGAUGACUGUGUUGACAGUGGAAGCAGACUCUGCAGAGAGCCUGGAAGCAGACAUUUUAGAGAAUGUGGAACCAGUCACUGUGGAGAAUCUCGAACCAGUCCUGGAGGAGAGCAUAAAAGCAGAUUCAACUGAAAAUGUGGAACUGGCUGUUGAGGGUAAUGAGGAAGAGGUGACAAUCUUGAUGGACAACAUGGAACCAGUUGCUGUAGAAGAUGUGAAACCACUUACUAUGGAAAGCGUGGAAUCUGUCGCUGUGGAAAGUGUGGAAUCGGUCACCGUGGAGAUAGUGAAAUCUGUCACCCUGGAAAGUAUCGAAUCCAUCACCAUUGAGAGCAUGGAACCAGUAAUAGAGAGUGUGGAAUCGGUCACUUUGAAGGGGGUGGAAGCUGUUACCGUUGAGGGCGUGGAACCAAUUACUUUGGAGGAAGCACCGGUUGUGCUGAUGACGAUGGAGGAGCCUGCUGUGACGGUAACACAAGAGGAGGAGCCGAGGAACAAGGAGACUCUAGAGGCAUGUGGUGACAUAGCCCCACAGCAACAUGAGGUUACCCAGACAGAGUCUGAAGUUGCUGGGAAAGGCAGUAAUGAAGACAGGCAGGCGUACGAGGGAGCCGUGGACGUUAAGACUGAUCCUGAGACCGAGGGAACAAUGGACACCACCACGGCCAUGCUGGUGGUUGUGGAAGAGGCCACUGUUAAUCUGGAAGCCAUCACAGUCGUCAAAGAAUAAAGUCCCAUUUUAUAUUUUUUAAAGCUACGAAUAUACAUACAGGAAACUUUUUUAUGUUAUCGACCUGAGAACAAGUGAGUGGCAAUUGGUGAUUUACAGGUGGUAUGGCCAGAUGGUUGACAUGCCGGUUUGGUUCAGUCACAGCGUGAUGCAUGCUUCUUUUGAGACUCAUGAUAGAACGACCAUGAAUUAUACCAUAUGCUGCAGGUCUUGGAUCAAAACAGUUUUUCAAAGGAGACUGCAAAAUGGUUGAGAAAAAUCAUUACAUGAUACACAUAUCAAAGUCCUUCGGUUGUCUUUGUUUUAAUUGCAGAAUUUAAAAGUUUAGUUCCAUGACAGGUUCUCGUGUACAUUGAUGAAAACAUAAAUUACUGUGAGCCCCACCGUGCCUUAAACACAUGCCACAUGUAUGCGCUUACAAUGUCUUUUUAUACUUUUGUUUCGGAUUUAAUUUCUUCCACUGAUGCACUACAAGUGCUACUUACAAUAAAUAUAAGGUAUAUUAUGCUACAGAACUGAUUUUGAUUAAAUUGCAUUUUAAACACCAUUUUGAGAUCCAAGACCAUGUAGUAUGUAAACCUGGUUAUGUGCAACCUCCAAUGAAACUAUCACCAAAAAAAAACAUUGCUGUAUCACAACUUCCAUUCAGACUAGAGCAACUUUUUACAUGACUGGUUUAAUCCAAGUUGUAUAAGGAACUCGGUAAUCUACCGCGCAAUUCGCACAAGGCUUCAAAGCGAAUUACAUAAAGCUUAAUUUAUGGAGAAAGUCUGUAAAAACAGGUGAGUUUUAAGACGAUUUAAAAAGUGUAACACUCAGAUUCCCUAAUGGACUGAGGAAGAGAAUUCUACAAUCGUGGAGCCUGGCUGCAAAACUCUCCACCUCCCAUAGAACAAUGUCUGGUCUGUGGAAUAUUGAGUAGACCAGAAUUAGCAGAUCUAAGUUUUGCAGUGAAAUAUAAAAUGUGAGCAAUGCAUUCAAGGCCUUAAACAUGAGAAGAAUCUCAAAGUCGAUUCUGUAAUUUAUAAUGGGCCAGUGCAGUGAGGACAGAAUGUGAGUAAUAUGGUAUAUCUGAACUAUAAGUGGCAGUAUCAAUCCCCUGACAAUCAACGGUAGCUGUUAAUCCGCUGCAGCCAAGAGGCACCUUCACCUAGCAGGCACCCUUAUAAAGAGAACCUGCUCGGCUGGGUCAACCAUAUAGAAUCGCAUCACAUGUCCAAAUAUGAGAGGUCGUGCAUUAGGCAGCAAACCACGUGUCACUUUCUCAGAGUAGUCUUUGGGUAGACAAAGUAAUCCCAUCAAGUAUCCUAAGAACAGCCUUCAUAACUUGGUUUAAUAUGAACAUGGUAAGACUUUACUAUUGUGUCCAGGUGUUCUUGUAGCAGUGAUGUCACAUGUUAGCACUGGUAAUACAAAUAUAAAACACUCCUACGAAAACUUAUGUACAAAUUAGAAUGCUAAAUCCUGCUAUUUUGUUUCAAAAACAAAACCUUUGUAAUGUGUUACUCCUGUGAUGAAGCAGAAGUGCAUGUAUUGUAAUGAAAUGGCAUAAUUAUGACCUCAUUCAAUAGUUUUAAAUUGCAAAACAGGUAUACGUGUAUGUAUAUUUUAUGUAAACACAAUCUCAUCAAAUUUCAUCUGAUUUCCGUGAACUUAAAUUGUGGGGCUCUGAAAUGUUCACGUCGUAACAGGCCUUGUUAAUGAUAUUCCCAUUCCUUCCUUACUGAAAAUACCAUCUCUAAGUCUCCAUUCAGUAUGAUUAAUUGAGCUACUAGUUAUUUCAUGUUCCAUGUUGGCACCUUCCUAAAUGCAAGUUGGUCUUAUGCGUUGUCAUGAGUCUUAAUAUAAUAUGUACAGUGGCUUCGUACAUAAUUGAAUGUGGUCAGUGCUGGACAUAGAGGUGGGGCUUUUGUCGCUACAUUGUGAAUUCAGCCUAGCAAUGCUACAUCUACACCUUUACCUUUUGAGAACGUGGCAUCAAACUUUAGAGCAUAAACCAGCCUGGAACAUUAAUUUAUCACUGCCUUUUCCACCACCACCAUUGCUUACAUUUAUAGAGCGCCUUUAACCAGCAGGGCGAGUUGCUUUACGAAGUUACGUGGUAAUUGAGUACUCCUGUAUUCCAGAGUGGUGUGUUUUCCAGUGAUUUUUUUAUGGUUUUCAUAGCCAAAUGCAGUGGUGUCUUCACCAGUGUUUGACUCGGCUACCAAAAAAAACUUUCAACAAGAACAUUCUUUAAUUUGUUCGAUAAUGUAGCUACUUUAUUCAUUUAUCAAUGUAUCGUGUAUUACAUUUCUUACUUGGAGUCAUUGCAUGUUGGUUAUUCUCGUGUAUCUUUUAUUUUUCUAAUUUGGUCGUCCAUGUAUAGUUUGGACCAAAAUUUGCAUUUGUCAAUUGAGCAGCAUAUUGUGGUGCUUGUUGCAUAAUCAAAUAUGACACCUCUCCCUACCCCAUUCCAAAAUAAGCCGAAAUAUGUUAACUUUAGGUCACUAGUUGCGAUUAGGAUUUUUUUUGGCAUGUACCUUGAGUUAUCAUAUAUAAACAGUUUUUUUUACAAGUAAUGUUGCUAUUAAUUUAGGAUGCAUCCAUCACAUGCUUGAGAUAAUUUAAGAAAUACGUAGAUAAAAUGAACGGCUGUUGAACCACAUGUUUGGUAAAUCAAGGGUUGGUUAUAUAUGCAAACUAUUUCAAUCUGAAAUGUCUUUCAACUGCCCUUAAUGGUUAGAAAUGUAUACAUCUGUAAAAUGUUCAAGCAUGUACAAUCUGCUGGAAAGUGGAAUACUACAUUUCUUCAAGUGACGCCAUACACCUCCCCCUCAACUUUGAAAGGGAAUUACGAGGGCAUGAGAAAGGCGAGGCUGUAAGUCACAUUGAGACUGCAUAUUAACUGUAGCGAGGAGUGCUGUUGAGAGGAUGCAUCAUGUAAUUUGAAAUACAGCCUUAUCCAUACGAUUAUAAUUGAUCCUGUUUUGUAUUAUUUGUAUUCUUAUAUUGUGUAGUUUUAUUUUCUUAGACUAAAUGUAUCAGCAUAUCAUAUGCAUAGUAAUUUUAUGAAUCGCAGCUAACCAACUGGGCAAGUGCCCAAUUUGAUGCAUGUAUGAUGAGCAUAAGUAUCUAUUAUAAAGUAUCCAUCAUUACAUGCCUGCCAGAAACUAAAUGCCAAUUCGAUGCAAGCUUUCACUGACAUUCAAAAGUCUACUGCCAAGCUUAUCCUGCCAAACGCUUGAAAAGCAGUUUUCCAAUAGUGGUUUAAAGGUUUUGCAAGCCUUGAGUCCCUUUUGUAUUCAUGUUAGAACCACUUUACACACAAAAUAAGGCUACCCAAAACACCAAUAACUCUUGUAACUUCUAGGCUGUCUGUCCCAGGAUGCCGAUUUGAGGUUGAAAAAAAAAACCUUUCGACUGAAUUGAAGCACAGCUGUUGCAUCCUAAUGUAGUCACUGCAGUGGCAUUCACAUUUUUGGAAGUGGCAUUAAUAGAUUACCUGGGCAACGUACCUGAAAGUCACUUCUAAGUCCCUUCUCAUCAGCAAAGUUUAAAACUCGUGUUGUGCAGCCCAGGACUAGCAUAUAGGUUAUUUGGGAUGCCUCUACAUUUUUUGGUGCUUUUGGGGUUAAGGAGGUUGGGUUAGGAGAUGAGAAUCAAUGACCAUUUAAUUUUGAAAUUUGUCUUACAGAUUAACACAUUUUAAUCCGAGAAAAUAAAUGUGACUUUAUUACAUCCGGAAUGUAUAAUAAACUCGGCACUCUUAAACAGGUCAAUACAGCAUAUUAAAACUGAGAUUACCAAUGGAAAAAAUGCGAGUCAUUUUGUGACAACUAACAAUUCCUCAUGAUAGAUGCUUCACACAGAUAACGUGCAACUGCAAAUCCUCAAAGCACAAUACAUUGACUUGUGCCACUCCUUAUGUCAACUUGUCUCUUUCUCAUUCUGGAUCAGAUGGAUAACCAUUUGUAUAUAUGACAGCGAUGUCCAAUGUUCUGUAAUUGCAGCCCCACCUCAAACCGGCUUCCCACAUCAUUGAAUGGUGUCAACCUUGGGCACUUGGCAGAUGCUGAUGACGGUGUGAAGGCAUGAACUGGUCGGGGCAAUUCCCUGUGAGCUCACGAGGUCAUCGCUGUUGAUUGACUAUUUGGCAGUGUUUUUGUACAUUUGUAUAAUACGCUUUCCAGCAAUUUCACAAAUAAAAUUUCGUAACAAAGGUCAUGCACCUCUUUCAUA